CUUCCCUUCCCUUCCCGGACAGCGGAUUUGCUCCUCGUGGUGUCACCUUUUGUGCCUCCACGUUGCUACGGCCAAGUGUUGGCUGGAUGUGAACGCAGAGGCUUCAGUCUGAGGGGCCUGCAGAGGCUGCAGCUGCAAAACAAUGAAGCUGCUAUUCUGGGACUCAGCAACCUCCAGGCAAGUGUGUUCUGCAGUCCAACUACUACAGCUUUGGAUCAGCAGGAGCUUCAGCUGACCUCUCACUGUCUGGUUCUACUGCUGAGGAAAGAAAAUGCAUUGCACCACAGUGUUGGUCUGCCAUCAGGCCUAAUGAGAGGGUUUAAAGCUGAACAUCUGCUGAGCUGUCUCCACUCCAGCUUGUGUUUCCACCCUGUCCCCUACAGCAGUAACCUGUUGCACAUCUUAGUUAGGUGCAUGUGGGCAGUGCCAGAUCCCUCCAGUGUGAUUCUAUCCCAUCAAAAGUGUUUGUGCAGUUCUGACAUGGAGCAGGUGGUGAUAUUGACCCUGUGUGGGCAGGACAUGAGUCAAGGCCUGAGCCUCCUACACAGAGUGCUGAUAGAAGAGUCGAAAGGUGAUGACCAGCAUGCUGGAUUUGAGCUGCUGGGCCUGAAGUGGCUUCCUGUGUUGACUCGACUUCAGGCCCAGGAGCUGAGUCCUUAUGAGGUGGGACAGGCGCUCUGCCACGACAGCGUGGACACUCUGAUAUCAUAUCCUGCUCUCGUGUGCGCUCUCAGAAGGUUUGAUGCUUUUGCUUCGCUGAGGAAGCUGCUUCCACACGACUGCUCUACCAGCCUCAGCGUCCUGAUGUCACCUACACCUGAAGUGGCCCUCAGACAAGCCUCCCUCUUCUUCUUCAAGCAUGAAAUGAUUCCUGAUCCACAGAUGCUGCUCACCGUGGGCGUCUUCAAGCCAAGAGUCUGGAAUCACACCCUGGCUCAGAUCCUCCAGCAGAGCGGCCUCAUGUUGGUGGGCCUGCGCGUAGUGAACCCAGACAAAAGUCAUGCUACUCCUCUACCGCCUUCAGAAAAGGUGCAGCACCUGCGCUCUGGCCCUUCAGUGGCUCUUUGCCUUCAAGGGGCAAACGCUGUGAAAAGGCUGCUGGACGUGCUGCGCCAGGAAGACUCAUCCAUGUGGAUGACCUGCUAUGGAUCGAGAUCGUAUCAAGAAGCACUCAAGGAUGUGAAGAGUCUUUUCCCAGAGGGGCUCGGCUGCACUGAGACCAGCACCAUGAGACAGGAGCAGAUACUCAGCUUGUGUUCAGACGCUUCAGCCUCCAUGGAGCGAGAACAGAGAUGCAUGCUGACCCAUGCAGCCCAGGAAAGUCUGUCUGGAGCGUCCCUGAGACACGGAUCCCUCUGGCAGACAACCUGUCUGCUCAUACCCUUGAAUGCGCCACAACACAGCCCAGUGCACCCCCAGCUGGACAUGGUGGAGCAGCUGCUAAGGGCAGGCUGCCAUCUGGUGGCGGGGAGAAUGAGCAAACUGGACCAGGAGCAGAGGAAACGCAUCGCAGAGACACUGGCAAUGUCAUCUAGUGGAAGAGAGAAGAUGGAGCAUUUUUCCACAGCCCCUUGUCUCAUCAUGGCUCUUCAAGGGGAAAAGAUUGUCGCUGGGUUACGCCUGAUUGUUGAAAGCAUUUGCAAGGAGAGGUCAGACCUAAAAAAAGUGAUGAUGAUCUACCCAGAAAGUGAAAAAGAGGCCAAACAGUUGAUGCUCUACCUAUUCGAUGCUACUUUGCCAUAAAUGUUCAAAUGUGUGCACAUGUACCAAGCAUUUCCCAAAGAUGAAGCAACAUCUAGCUUCUUGUAAUAUAUCUGCUCCAAAAUAAAUAGUCACUGAUAGAAAAGACUUGUAUUAGACAUUGUUCAGGCCACUGUCAAGCAAUAAAUAUAUAUUUGCC